AUGAAAGCCUUCAAGAGCUUCGUCGACAAGCGUCGCCAAAGUUUCCAAAACCGCAGCAAGAAAGAGAACGGCGUGACGCCCGCCAACACCGAGAACGAGAAGCGCGCAGCCGCACCACAAGCCAACAGCGAACAGCAACAAGUACUAGCUGAAGCCGCAUCCGGUACUCUCCAGCUUGCACUGCAGAACAAGUCCAACUCUAGCACCGUAUACGCGUACAUUACUGGCCUUGCUCUUGAGCGAAACAAUACUCCCCUCUUUGUGCAAGCAGACGGAAAGUCCAUCUACUACCCUACAGCGCCUCAAGAAAUUCAGCAACCGCUCCAGGCCGAUGUUGCCAUUCCACUUGGAGCUCCCGGAAAUACUGUCAAUGUCAGGAUCCCAAAGAUUGCCGGCGGACGUAUCUGGUUUAGCAUCGGCGCAAAGCUUACCUUCCUCCUCAACCCAGGCCCUGCAGUCGUAGAGCCCAGUGUGACCAACCCGAGCGACCCUAACUUCAACAUCAACUGGUCUUUCUGCGAGUUCACUUACAACGACGCGCAGCUGUUCGCCAAUAUCAGCUAUGUCGACUUUGUCAGCAUUCCUGUUGCGCUCAGCUUGACCAACACCCAGGGCAAGACUCAAACAGUGCCUGGUAUGGGAGCUGAUGGCAUGCGGAGAGUCAUAGAAGAAUUACGCGCGCAAGCCCAGCGUGAUGGUCGACCUUGGGAUAAGCUGAUCUACGAGGCCAACGGACAGCCGUUGCGAGUGCUGAGUCCAAACAACCUACUCGUCGGAAACGCGGAUGCUUGGGGCAACUACUGGGACGGUUACAUCCAGGCAGUAUGGAACAAGUACCGCAAUGAAGACAUGAUUAUCAACACCCAGGCUGCAGCUGGUAACCUCAAGGGUCGUGUUCAUGGCAACGAGCUCCAACUAGGUGAAGCAGGCAACUUCUCCACACCUUCAGCUAGAGAUAUCUUUACCUGUAGCACCGGGCCAUUUGCAACAGGGUCGAAUCAAGCGCGCAACGCGGUCAUCCCUCGACUCGCUGCUGCAUUCAAUCGUAGCAUUUUGUUGAACACACCUGGCAAUCAGUUUCCCAACGGCAGCAACCCAGGCCAGUACUACAAGGACCAGACGACCAACCACUAUUCGCGUAUCGUUCAUCAAGUUCAGAAGGAUGGACGUGGGUAUGCUUUCCCGUACGAUGACGUUGUUCCGGACGGUGGCCAGGAUGUUGCUGGCACGAUCUUCGAUGGUAGCCCACAGCUAUUUACUAUCGCUGUUGGCGGCCAGUGA